AGUCCCGUUGAGUUCCUGAGACCCCUGCCCCAGGGUAGGUUGCUGUCUGUUGCCCGAGGCCCCUGCCCAGUGGUAGGUUGCCGCCUGUUGCCCGAGGCCCCUGCCCAGUGGCAGGUUGCCGCCUGUUGCCCGAGACCCCUGCCCAGGGGUAGAUUGCCGCCUGUUGCCCGAGGCCCCUGCCCAGUGGUAGGUUGCCGCCUGUUGCCCGAGACCCCUGCCCAGUGGUAGAUUGCCACCUGUUGUCCGAGACCCCUGCCCAGUGGUAGAUUGCCACCUGUUGCCCGAGACCCCUGCCCAGUGGUAGGUUGCCGCCUGUUGCCCGAGACCCCUGCCCAGUGGUAGGUUGCCGCCUGUUGCCCGAGACCCCUGCUCAGUGGUAGGUUGCCGCCUGUUGCCCGAGCCCCAAGCCUAGGGUGGAGAUUGCCUGCCUGUCGCUGAAGACCCCCCGUGCCUGGAAUCGUCCCUGGUUUGUGCACACGUCCCCCUCCCUGCCAUUUCCCCAUUGAGUGUCUGUCCUUUUGUUGC